AUGGCAGCACCUCGAGCGGCGCCUCGAAUAACGACCAACAGCCUCCCUCUCCCAACCCGAUUAAUUCAGCCGUCGCGUAUACGCUCCUACAUCCUACGUCUGCCCCUUUUUACCCGCCUGAUCCUCGUCGCAAUAGUAGCCUUUUGGCUGCUCGAACUGCAGACCGUCUGGAGUGUGAUAAAAUGGGGCUCAUUAGAACCCAAGGAAAUCAAUUUGGGAAGCAUGUAUAGGCUGAACACAUUUGUCUUAAUACACACGGGGUUCUGGCACAUGCUGAUCAAUACCAUCUGCCUGAUGCCGUUGCUGGAAAGGUUCGAGGCUGAAUUUGGCACGUUGAAUAGCCUUGCCUUGUUUAUGGGCCCGUUGGGGCAAAUACCUGCCGUGUUGUAUUUGUUGUUCGACGGUGUCAUCCUCAGAGACAACACACCAGUCCUUGGAGCAAGUAUAUGGGUAUUCCUCCUCCUUGCGGCCGAGGCAAUCAAAACCUAUCGGGCAAAUCCAUAUCUGGAGAUUGGCGGCCAGAAGAUCCCAACUUGGAUAUCACCAUUGGUGAUACUGGUCGUGACAUCCAUACUGAUUCCCAGUGCUUCCUUCCUGGGACACCUCAGUGGGUGUAUAACGGGAUAUCUGUGGGGCUUGGGCUAUAUUCGUUUCCUCGCGCCUCCGGAGAAAGUCCUUCGCUGGAUCGAAGGCAAACUCAAUCUACUCGGACGGUUGCCACACUAUGUGUCUGUCGACCAAAAAACCUAUGGGCGCUAUGGCGUUCUGCCCACGAGUGCAACUAGCGGACCGGAAGGUCAUAUGAGUCCUAUUGGACUUGGUUGGAUGGGCACCAGCAGUGAUGGGCAGAGACUUGGACCAUAA